AUGGCACCAUUUCUCCAAACAAGCCUCGCGCUGCUUCCGCUGCUGGCCUCGACCAUGGUCGGCGCCUCACCUCUCGCCCCCCGAGCCGACACGUGCGCGACCAAGGGAAAGCCGGCUGGCAAGGUCCUCCAGGGCUACUGGGAGAACUGGGACGGCGCCAAGAACGGCGUGCACCCGCCCUUUGGCUGGACGCCGAUCCAGAACCCGGACAUCCGCGCGCACGGCUACAACGUGCUCAGCGCCGCCUUCCCCGUGAUCCUGCCCGACGGCACCGCGCUGUGGGAGGACGGCAUGGAUACGGGCGUCAAGGUCGCCAGCCCGGCCGACAUGUGCGCGGCCAAGGCCGGCGGCGCCACCCUCCUCAUGUCCAUCGGCGGCGCCACCGCCGCCAUCGACCUGAGCUCCUCCGCCGUCGCCGACAAGUUCAUCGCCACCAUCGUGCCCAUCCUCAAGAAGUACAACUUUGACGGCAUCGACAUCGACAUCGAGGCCGGGCUCACCGGCAGCGGCAGCAUCACCAGCCUGUCCACCUCGCAGGCCAACCUGAUCCGCAUCAUCGACGGCAUCCUCGCGCAGAUGCCGGCCAACUUUGGCCUGACCAUGGCCCCCGAGACGGCCUACGUCACCGGCGGCAGCGUCACGUACGGCUCCAUCUGGGGCUCGUACCUGCCCAUCAUCAAGAAGUACCUGGACAACGGCCGGCUGUGGUGGCUGAACAUGCAGUACUACAACGGCGCCAUGUACGGCUGCGCGGGCGACUCGUACGAGGCCGGCACGGUCAAGGGCUUCACGGCGCAGACAGACUGCCUCAACAGCGGGCUGACCAUCCAGGGCGUGACGAUCAAGAUCCCCUACGACAAGCAGGUGCCGGGCCUGCCGGCGCAACCCGGGGCGGGCGGCGGCUACAUGUCCACGGCCAACGUGGCGCAGAUCCUGUCCAACUACAACGGAAAGCUAAAGGGGCUGAUGACCUGGUCGCUGAACUGGGACGGCUCCAAGGAAUGGACCUUUGGUGACAACGUCAAGGGGGCUCUGGGGACUGCCUAG